AUGCUUCAACAACCAACAGGUUCAUCCUCUCAUGUUGAUGAAGAUGUUGAUGAUCAACCAAAUGAAAAUGUUUUAAAUGAUGUUUCGGAAAGAGUAGUUUCUACUAAUAAUGUAGAUGAAAUAGGACCAUUUAAAUUGGGUGAUUCUUCAUUGGAUCAUGUAACUGAUGUUCCCGAAGAUGUUUUAAUUCUCAUAUUUUCAUUCCUUGAAUAUAGGGAAAUUAUUUUAAAUAUUUCAUUGGUAAAUUCAACCUUUUUGUAUACAUCGAGGAAUGAUGCAUUGUGGAAACAAUUUAUUAGAAAUGAAAAUAAUUCAUCUUCAACAAAUGAUGAAAAAACCCACCUUGAAAUUCCUCCCUCACAAAAAAGUAUAGUAAGACGUCGAGUUUUUGAGAAUACAAAUGCGCAUUCACUCUAUGAAAUUUUCAAAUAUGAACAUUUGACACUCUAUAAGGGAUGGUAUAAAUUUAGAGGAUAUAGAGAAGGAGAGGAAAAUCAAAUGGAAAAUGAUUUCUUUAUCAAUCAUAAAAAGACAUUUGCUUCUUGUGAGAAGAAACCUGAAUUACCAGAUCCUGGUGUUGGAAUUAAUUAUCUGACAUUCCUAAGAUCGACCAGUGAUCAUAACAAGAUUCAUUUAAUGACCUGUUCUCACAGUGUUAAUUUUUAUGAUAUUGAAGUGAAUGGAAAAGCUGCAUUUGAUGAUGAAACUCAAUAUGUAAGCAAUGUAGAAUAUAAAUAUGAAUGGAAGGAAACUUAUGAAGAGAGAAGUUUGCUGUGGUGCAUUGAUACUCAACAACAUAGAAUUCCAAACUUUCUAGUGACUGGAGGAUUUUCCAAUAUAUUGAAUUAUGGUUCCUAUGAUCCAGAGGCUGAGGAUGGGGAAAUUAUGAAGAAUAUCGGACGUGUUCCCCACAAUCACAAGAAUGGUAUAUGGAAUUUGAGAAUUAUUAAUGAAAGUAGCUUUGUAACUGGUGGAGCUGAUGGUGUGGCCAAAAUAUUCGAUGCUUCCACUAUGAAAGAAGUGAAAACUUUGAUUUGUGAUAAGAAUGGUGUUUCCACUCACAAGAGUGCAAUCUAUGAUGUCGAUUGUAAUCCAUCUGGAAGAUAUUCAGAUCUCUUUCUUACUGCCUCUGCAGAUAAGUAUAUCAAGAUUUUCGAUACAAGAUCUUCCAAUGUUGUGGGAGAGGUAUUUACUGAUGCAUAUCUCUAUGAAGUCAAUGCUUCAUGCUUUGAUCCAUCGGCAGGAAAAUAUCUAUUCCUAGCUGGAUCUGAUAGAGGAUUUAUUCAAAUUAUUGACUAUAGAAAAGUUUCUUCAUCUUCUUCAUCAAAAGAGGAAAAUCCAGAUCCUUCUAUAUUAUAUGAUAUGGAUGUUUUCAGAUUGGGAGCUAUUAGAGGAUUACAAUUUGAUGGUCAAAAGAUUGUGGUUGGAUCCAAGCUUGGAGUUGUCGUUAUGACAACAGAUGAAUUUGCUCAAUCAUUGAAUGGUUCAAAACUUGCUGAAGCACCACAAAUUGAUAAAUUUAUCAAAUCUGGAGUGAUGGUUGGAAAUGAUACUAAGAACUGUCCUUGGAAAGUUGUAAACUUUAUUCCUACAAGUGGAGUAAUGAGUUUGGAAAUGGAUGAUGAAGCUUUAAUUGGAGGAGAUGGAAAUGGUGAUAUUUUAAUUGCAAGUUGUCCAACAACCAGGACUCCAUUUACAAAGAUGAAUAUCUUGGGAAAGAAGCCAACACCAAGCGGUAGUAAAUGCCUUGUACAAUAG